AUGCACAUCAAAGAAAUCUCCCAGUGCACGAGCAUUUACACUACGGUGCAGCUUGUAAUGUUCGACUCGCUAAGCGCAGUACUUGCUGCAUCAGACGAUGCGACUGCCAAUCCGUCGCAGCUCACGGACAACCACGCUUCACACAGCACCUAG